CCAGACUACAAAAGCCGGUGGACCGGCUUUGACCUGACCUGGUCCCGCGACGAGUUCCGCCCCGUCAUGGCUCGACGAGUUCCGCCCCGUCUCUCACGGCCGGACACUUUGCUCGUCCUGGGAGCCGUGGAAGAAGGAUAAUGCGGGAACGCCUGUCCCGCAGCCGCUCACCUUUGCGGCUGAUCGCGCUGAGCGAGCAAGAGCAGGAGGCCUUCCUCGUGGAGUUCGCACAGCACUACUGGUCCCCCUCCGAAGGCAGCUGUGAAAGGGCAGACCGCCUGACGCGCUAUCGCGGGCGCUUGCUGGCGGAGAUUGAGCAGCUGGUGAUGGACGUGUGCCAUGAUGCCCCGCGCAUCACGACUGCCACGAGGGUGCGCUGGCAGCGCUUCGUGUUGCUGGACGACUUGGCACGGAUGAGUGACGUGCUCUUCCGCGGUCCCAUCGAUCCGCGCCACGCGGAUGAGAUGGAUCUCCGGCUACAUCAUGCAUGGCGGACGCUGCGGCAUCAGAUCCCGGACCUCGCGGACUUCGCGCAAAGCACCAGGGACGUCCGCAUCUCUGCUGCCAAGAUGGCGAUGAUGUUGGAGACGGGAAGACCUACAGACUUGCUCCCUGAUGCGCUGGAGCUGCCAGAUGCCAGGACUCUCUCCUGCUUACUUUCCUUGCGGUGUGAGAAGGAUGAUGCAGAGGAGCUGAACGAGCUCUAUCGCUUGCUUUGCCAGAAGCUGCAGGGCUGCAGCUGUUCUCACUGUCAUCGAGGAUUCGACGAAAGUUCGAGCUGUGGCAUCUUCGAUGGGGAGCAGCUCACGAUCCCAGUGACGGUGCCCAAAGUCCUGGUGCCGCCCUGUGGACAUGCGUUGCACACCCUUUGCAUCGGUGAGCAGAUUAUCCCCAAUGACAGCGCGGAGAGCCGUGGGCUGUGUCUUUCUUCAACAACGCGGACGUGUUUCCACCGGCCUGCACGGGUGAAGCGCCGGCAGUGUGGGCAGCCCUACGGCUGGACAGGGAUCGAUGUGGAUCCAAUGGUGAAUGCGUUCUGUUUGAUGUUUGGGCCCUAUGUGGAUACCCGCUCGCAGGAGAUGUACGCCGAGAAGAAGCUAUCCACCACAGCCAUCUUGAGCAUUUCCGAGGUUUGCGUGAACUUCUCCUUGGAGCUCUCAGGGUUAGUGAGCCCCUCCUCCAUUUGGUUGCUGCUGCUGCGACGCCAUGCCUUCGAACAUCCAGACAUGGACCCUUGGGAGAUCAAUUCCGAGGUGAGCCUCGUUGGCCAGGAGGUGCUCAGGUCCUUGACUUUGCCCGAGGGAGAGGAGUUGGAGGUGCCAACCCUCGUCGACUCUCCGGCCGGGCCCCAGUCAGACGGCUUGGAUGCGCCUCCGAUGUUGAUGGAUGAGGCCCUUCCGAGCCUCCUUCCCGAGUCGCUUUCACCUCCCUCCGAGCCGAGCGACGUCUCCGAGGAACUCGCCGAGCCCAGCGCGGUGAUGUUGAACCAGUUAGUCGCCGGCUGUGAUGGUGACCGCUCCAUGAAUGGCCUACUGCCACAAACGAAUUAAUUCAUGACAAACCCGCUGCACAGUCUCGCGAUUUCUCGAUGUGUUUUCGUUUGUUGGACUAAUGCCAAUGUAUAUAAUGUUCUUGAUCCCUUUUCAACCAUGGACAAUGUAGGUCGUGUUCGGGAUGGAGUCGGAGAGACGUGUCGCAGUUGGAGUGGAACUGUUUCCAAGAGCAAUUAAAGUUAGUAUUGGAAUCGCAGCGCCGCGUGCAUGUCCGCAGCGCCCAGCUCGCGCACGUGCACGCGCACGAGCCAAAGAGCUUCCAAGUGUCAAAAGGUGUCAUUGCACAUCCGAGAUGGCACGAUCCCUUAAUUCGGGUGCGUUUGUCUAUCAAUGUACGAUUUGUUAGUUUUGUUAGUCGUGCUAGUUUUUGAAUUUGCGCUGUCUACCCUGAAAC